CGCUGCGCUGGCAGGAUCGCGCCUGGCUUGCCUGGCUCCCCGGCAGAGGGGCGCCGAGGGCGGCGGCCGGGCGUGCGGGGCGGCGGCGGGGGAUCGGGGCCCGCCUCCCCCCGGGCUGCUCCUUUAAGAGUUGGCCUACGUGGCAGUCGCCAGGCGAGCGCCGGCGCCGCGACUUCCUGUGCGCUCCGCCUUGCAAGCGCGGCGGAGGAGGCGAGGCGAGGCGUGAGCUUGGGCCGUCUCCCGGCGCCGUGCACCCCCCGCCCCGGAGCCAUGGGGCAGAGCGACCUGAUGAGCACCGCCGAGGACUUCGCCGACCAGUUCUUACGGUUGACAAAACAGUACCUCCCCCAUGUGGCCCGUCUCUGCUUGAUCAGCACGUUCCUCGAAGAUGGCAUUCGCAUGUGGUUCCAGUGGAGCGAGCAAAGGGACUACAUUGAUGCCACGUGGAACUGUGGCUAUUUCUUGGCCUCCAUCUUCGUGUUCAUAAAUCUUUUUGGACAGUUAAGUGGCUGCAUCCUGGUACUGAGUAGGAACUUCGUUCAAUACGCCUGCUUUGGAUUGUUUGGAAUUAUAGCUUUACAGACAGUUGCAUACAGCAUACUAUGGGACCUGAAGUUUUUGAUGAGGAACCUCGCUCUUGGGGGUGGUUUGCUCCUGCUCCUGGCUGAGUCUCGGUCGGAGGGGAAAAGCAUGUUUGCUGGUGUGCCCACCAUGAGGGAAAGCUCACCAAAGCAGUACAUGCAGCUGGGUGGACGGGUACUGCUAGUCCUAAUGUUCAUGACAUUACUGCAUUUUGAUGCUAGUUUCUUUUCAAUUCUGCAGAACAUUGUGGGCACAGCCUUGAUCAUCCUUGUGGCUGUGGGUUUCAAGACCAAAUUGGCUGCCUUGACCUUGGUCAUCUGGCUCUUUGCCAUCAACAUCUACUUCAAUGCCUUCUGGACCAUCCCAGCCUACAAGCCCAUGCACGACUUCCUCAAGUACGACUUCUUCCAGACCAUGUCAGUCAUUGGAGGCCUCCUCCUUGUGGUGGCACUCGGCCCUGGAGGCGUCUCAAUGGAUGAGAAGAAAAAAGAAUGGUAAAAGGAGAGGAGAAGCCACCGCAUGUCAUCUCAGAGUCUGGGAACUGACUCAAGACGAACGCAAUGGAGGAAGAAACCCUGCCAGCAUUUUACAUAUCUGUGCCUGUGUUCUCGUGUUCAAGGCACAGCUUUUUUUGAGAGAGAAUUCAGUUUUUAAAAAAUUUACAACCGCACUGAUAAUCUGAUAUUAGAUCAUUCUUUGUACGUUUGCUGGGGUCACUGUUGUUCUCUCUCUUUUGUAAUUCCCUAAAAUUGGAGUGAAGAAACGGGCGGGCGGGCUAGGGCUCCUGGUUGCAGAGAUACCACAACCCCCACUUUAUCUCAAUUUUUUUUUAAAAAAAUUUAAACUACUGUGAUCAGAUAACCUUGUUGUAUACUUUCAGUGUGAUGGUCAAUUUUUUUUUUUGUUUACAUUCUUGCAAUUAAAUGGAGUCAGCUCCCAGGUUGAGAACUGACACCCUAAGGAA